CGGUGCGCCGCACGGACAAACGACUGUCAAUGGACCGUUCGAGGCGGAUCUCGGUCGGUUCAAACGCAGCGGCUCCUCGCGUUUCGGUGCCGGCCCGGUUUUUUUUUUUUCCCUCUUGACUCGCAGUUUGCAGCCAGAUCUUUCUCAUCCGGAGUGGAGAGAGAGAGAGAGAGAGACGUAGCGCGAAAGGACUGAUUUCCCCAACAGAAAUGCCGUGAGUCUUGAAGUUUUAGUGGGUUUCGUGCGUUCGUGGAUUCUCUCCGAUUUUUUUUUUUUUUUUUGGGGGGGGGGGGCACCGAUCGCUCACUCCGAAUCGAUCAUCGGCCGCGCGCGCCGUCCUCAAGACUGCUCGGCAAGUGUGGCACACGCGAGGCAAAGUGCGCCGAGAGGGUGCCAGGGAUGUGAUCCGUCGGGGAAGCUGAGGUUGUUGAGGGAUUCGCGCGGCGUAGAAUUGAUCCGCGAGCGGAGGUCGAGUCAUUCAGAGCGAGCGCGAGCGGAGUCGUUCGAACGGUGAAAGCCACGAGCCUUCAUCAUCGUUCCGGCUUGAAUGUGUAAGCGGACCCACCGGAGGAAGGACUCACUAAUACGAUUCUUUAACAACUGGGACUUUUUCAUGGCUCCGUGGAAAACAGUAUGAGUUUAUACUGACCAUCUCUUUUUUAACCUUUUCGUAACAGUUUGACUGGAUAAUCGUGCAAACAUUGGCCACAUCGUCUGUUUCUCUCUAGUGAGUUUGUGCAGGGCAGUCUAGUAUUUUUUUUCUUUCCCACAUGGCAUCAUAGCCGAGUCCACACGUCUUGUCUUCUUCCAUGCCCGUACUGUGGUCCAUUAGAAGCUCGCUGGACCUCAGUCUCUAUAAACUUGUCGGGGACCCGCGGGGAUGGGAGAAACGACCCCCGCUCAGUCCGCUCCGGGGGCGUUCGUACCCAUGCUGGGCGUCGGUCUAGGAACUAUGCCCGGCGGGGUCGGCAACGGGCCGGUGGUCGCCACCUCCAGAGGCUCGGCGGUGCCACAGCUGCACAACGCCAUAGUGGAGCGUCUGCGCGCCCGCAUAGAGCUGUGCCGGAGGCACCACUCCACCUGCGAGAGCCGCUACCAGAAGGGUCAGGCCGAGAGCUCCGACCGGGAACACGAGAGUACGCUUCACCUGCUCAACAUAGUCCACCAAGGGCCGGGGAACCGAAAGGCGAAGGGCAGUCGCGGAUCGAACCAGCAGCCUCCAGAGUACAGCAGGUCCAACGGGGAGCAGAAGGGCUCAGAGGGCGAGCAGAAGAUUUCAACGCGCAUAGCGCUUCAAGGAUCUUUGCGAAGGAAGAUCGAGGGACACGCACCAGGACACAUACCAAAGCAGAAUGGGCUCUCCUGUGGUUUCUCUGGAUCAGACUUUAAGAGGGUCCGUGUGGAUACUGGUGGUUUGGGGCAUAGGCCUUGCAACCAUAACUUAACCCAGUCUCACUCUCUUCAAGGGUCCUCAACCAUGGGCAUGCAGAGGAAGAAUUACAUGAUGCCACAUGGAGUGGGGUCAGACAUAUUCAACAUGACCCUGAAAGAAAUGAAAAAAGAGCCCAUUGAGGUCCAGUCCUGUGGCCAGUCAAACACAGAGAUGAUUUUUGACUUCAAAGAUGAGGGUGGUGGUCAGAUUGACCCAGAUCUCCAGGAUCUGUUUGAUGAGCUGACAAAGACAGUGCCCCCGCUGAAUGACCUGGAGUUUGAGAAGAUGCUGAAGCAGGAUGAUACAUUCGGUUUGGAUCUAGGUCGGCCAAGCUCAGCAGGCGCAGCUGCUAGUCUGUGUUCCCCAAUGGAGAAGCCAAUUAAGACGGAGCACUCCCCAGAUUUUGGCCAGGUUCAUGGUGGCUCGCCACAGCUUCGACCAGCCUCAGCAGGGCCCUCUUUCACAUUGACCAGCACCUCUUCUACCAGCACGUCACAGAAAGCUAACACUCAGGCAGGACACCCCAGAGCCAUGCCCUGCUGGCCAGAAAUAUCUCACGCAGAGCAGCUGAAGCAGAUGGCAGCAAACCAGCAGCAACCCAGCUCUCUGCUCCAUCACCACCACCAACCACCACCUGUGGGAUUGACCAGCUGGGCUCCUGCCAUUAGCACCCACUCCUCCACCAGCACCUUCCCGCAGGACAAGGUCUCUAGCCCGGCCCCGCUUAGCCAGCAGAGGAUCAGCUCCCAGAGUAAAGGGAUCAACAACUGCCUCUUCAAGUCAAACGGCCACAGCGGCCCCCAUCAUUUGGACAUGAAGGUUCUCAGCACCAAGCCCACAUUGCACUUCAGCCCCAAAGCCCCCCAUUCUGCCAGUCAGCCAAUGUCUAUCAUGGCAAGCUCAGUGAACAAGACCUCAGCCCAGCAGCAACAGUCACCUUCGACGGGCCAGAAUCAGCCACAUGCGGCUCUCCACUUCCAGAACCAACAGAUCGCCACGUCAGGGACCCUUUGUCUGCAACCCAAGUCCGUUCCUGCUGGGCUGCCGUUCAAACUGUCACAACAGCGACAGAGCGUUCCUCCUGCUCCAAGGCUGCCCACUAAUGGAAGCCUAGGAGUCAUGUCAGCCCAGUCGCAGCCUCGGCCCCCGGCACCCAGCAGCCAGCAGAAAGGCCCAGCAAAAACUCAGGCCAUGCAGAGACACCUUAACCAACAACAGCACACCAUCGGCAAUUCGGACAAAGACAGUACACACGAUCAGUUCAGUCGUCAUCUCACAAGACCGCCGCCUGAUUAUAAGCAGUCAAGAAGUAUGGUGGGACUUCAGCAAGGAAACAUCUUCACGGGUCAAAACUCCUCCCAGUCUUCCAGCAGUGGCCCAGAGAAUGACCUACAGUCCAUGUCUUGUCACCUCCCCAGUGGGUCUGGUUCAAAGAUGAGUCCUUCGCCAUCGGACCGCAGGUUCGGUAUCGGGGCUGACUGUCAUCCGAGUUCCUGUAUCGGCCAGUUCCAGCAGCAUAAUAAUCAGAAUCGAAUUGGACUAAAUCAAAGUAAACCAAGGUUCCUGGGACCAAACACGCAAGGGGGUUCCUUUGGGAUGAACAAUGCAGCAGGUGUACAACACCCGAGAACGACAGCUGACCUGCAUUCCCCGGGGGUGCCAGGACAGGGUCUCGGAGGCUUGAUGACAAAUGUCAACAUGGGCUGGGGCUCAGCCAAUAAGCAAGUGACAACUGGACUUGGUGUCAGGCGGCUACCCAACCCACUGCAGUCCCAGGGCGCACAGCUGGACAUGCCAAACCAUCCGUACCAACAGAGGCACGUCGGCCCUCCGAACCAGGUGGCACCAGACCUCGGGAUGCUCCCUCUUAACCCUUCGAUAAGAGACACAGGCCCAAGACCAAGCCAGCCGAUGAUGGGCUCGCCCUCAGCAGUGGGAAACCUGAACCAGGCCUCUCCUGAACAGAGGGUACCAGCGGGCAACUUCGCUGAGCGCAGUCCUAGUUCUAGCAGCUACCAGAAUAACAGAGCCAACCGCCUGACCUUCGACUUCCUGCCCGAGGGAGACAACACAGUUCCCGGGAUCAACACGGACUCAGACUUCAUAGACUCUCUGCUCAAGUCUGGCUCUGGGAAUGAUGACUGGAUGAAAGACAUAAAUUUGGAUGAGAUUCUCGGCAGUCACUCAUGAAUUUGGGUCACAAAUUGCUAAAAAUCGACCCAAGGCUCAAAUUAUAGCGGUUAUAUAUGUAAGGUGGAAGGGGUAACUUUUGUAAAUAACGAUAAAAUGGAAUUUUAUAAACUCAUAGUAUUUGUUAUCCAAGCGUAUACUGUAUUGUUUUAUAUUGUAUUUACUGUGAAAGGAAUUUGCGUUAUGUUCUUAGUACUCAGCAUAUUUUGUUUCUGGUAUAUUGUCCGAGAAACUGCUUUUUCUUUGAAUUCACUGUUUUUGUGGUCUGUCAUAUUCAAGCUAUAGUGCUGUCCUGUAGGACAAAAUACCAAAUUCACACUGUGAAAAGAAAACAUUGCUGUGUUGCUUCACCUUGGUAAUCCAAGUUAAGUUCCUAAAUCUCCAUCCACUAUUUAGCAUGACAUGGUAUUUACACACAGAGAAUCUUGCCACAACCAAUGUUUUCAUACUUAUUGUUCAAGCUUUUUCAUCUGUGGUAGUUUUUUUUGAUGCAAUUUAAAUAAUGUAACCAUUAAUUUUCCAUGUGAUAUUUAAUAAUUAUUGGGAUAGUAAUGAAACAUUAUAAU